AGAAGAGCAAGCCAUCGUCAAAGAGAAGGACGGUCAUCGGUCGAAACUUGGCAUCAGAGUUCAAGUGGUCAAUAGGCUAUCUUUUCGUGACCAUCGUACAACUGAAUGGCAGGUUCCAAGGAAGAUCUUCCUGUAACAUGUCACGAGGUCAGCAGCACUUUUCCAGGGAGCUAGAAAGUAGAGGUGUACAUACAAGUCUUACGGAACCAAAAAAAGCCGUGCAGGAGUUUGUGUUGGGAAGCGGGCAUGACUUCAUAGUUGCCAAAAAUGAGGACAUAUGGGAGAGCGGGGAGACUUUGGGGUCAAACGAGAACGAAAGCUAG